GAGGUGGUGGCCGGGCAGGCGGCAGCUGCCAGGGAAACCGAGGCGCGGGGCUGAGGGCCCGCAGACCCGCAGGCCCUGGGAUCAUCACUGCGUCCGGCGCUCGGGAGACCCGAGGGCUCCCUUUGCCUGGGCUGAGGGUCUCCCGUCCGGAAGCCGUCUCUGGACUCAGGUCUUCCCCUGAGCCCGCCAGGGGGCGCCGCACUGAGGGGGGCUGCGGAGUCUGGGCGGGCGCCGCUGACCCCAGAGGGGCUCCGGGUGGGGAGAGGGGAGAGGGCGCUCCCCCGCUCAGGAGGCGCCCCUGGGCGGGGGGCCGGGAGUUCUCAGCCCCGGACUGGGGCAGGGGUCUCUGGGGGCGAGGAGGGCGCGCCGCCCCCUGCCCCCGCCAGCACCCUGGCCAUGACGGGCAAGUCGGUGAAGGACGUGGAUCGGUACCAGGCGGUGCUGGCCAACCUGCUGCUGGAGGAGGAUAACAAGUUCUGUGCGGACUGCCAGUCCAAAGGGCCACGAUGGGCCUCCUGGAACAUUGGUGUCUUCAUCUGCAUUCGCUGUGCUGGAAUCCACAGGAACCUGGGGGUGCACAUAUCCAGGGUAAAAUCAGUUAACCUCGACCAGUGGACUCAAGAACAGAUUCAGUGCAUGCAAGAGAUGGGGAAUGGAAAGGCAAACCGCCUUUAUGAAGCCUACCUUCCUGAGACCUUUCGGCGACCUCAGAUAGACCCAGCUGUCGAGGGAUUUAUCCGAGAUAAAUACGAGAAGAAGAAAUACAUGGACCGGAGUCUGGAUAUCAAUGCCUUUAGGAAAGAAAAAGAUGAUAAGUGGAAAAGAGGGAGUGAAUCAGUUCCAGAGAAAAAAAUGGAACCUGUUGUUUUUGAGAAAGUGAAAAUGCCACAGAAAAAGGAAGAUCCCCAGCUACCUCGGAAAAGCUCCCCGAAAUCCACGGCACCCGUCAUGGAUUUGUUGGGCCUCGAUGCUCCGGUGGCUUGCUCCAUUGCGAAUAGUAAGACCAGCAAUACCCUAGAGAAGGAUUUAGAUCUCUUGGCCUCUGUUCCAUCCCCUUCUUCCUCGGUUCCCAGAAAGGUUGUCGGUUCCAUGCCAACUGCAGGCAGUGCCGGUUCUGUUCCUGAAAACCUGAACCUGUUUCCAGAGCCAGGGAGCAAAUCUGAAGAAAUAGGCAAGAAGCAGCUCUCGAAAGACUCCAUCCUUUCUCUGUAUGGAUCCCAGACGCCUCAGAUGCCUGCUCAAGCAAUGUUCAUGGCUCCAGCUCAGAUGGCGUAUCCUACAGCCUACCCCAGCUUCCCUGGAGUCACACCUCCUAACAGCAUCCUGGGGAGCAUGAUGCCCCCGCCAGUAGGCAUGGUAGCUCAGCCAGGAGCUUCUGGAAUGGUUGCCCCUAUGGCCAUGCCUGCAGGCUACAUGGGUGGCAUGCAGGCAUCAAUGGUGGGCGUACCGAACGGGAUGAUGGCCACCCAGCAGGCUGGCUACAUGGCAGGCAUGGCAGCUAUGCCCCAGACUGUGUAUGGGGUUCCGCCUGCUCAGCAGCUGCAGUGGAACCUCACCCAGGUGACCCAGCAGAUGGCUGGGAUGAACUUUUACGGAGCCAACGGCGUGAUGAACUAUGGACAGUCAAUGAGCGGUGGAAACGGACAGGCAGCCAAUCAGACUCUCAGCCCUCAGAUGUGGAAAUAGACGCGAAGCCCCCGCGUGGCUGCCACUCUCCCUCCCUUCUCCCCCCCACCCCCGGCUGCCUUCCCCUCAAGCCCUUUUCCUCCGUCUGUUUGGUUAGAAGUUGCUCAGUCAGGGGCUGGGGCCCUGCGGCUCCCCCGACGCGCACACCUCUCUGUUGCUCUCUGUUGUCCGCGUCCUCCCACCCCCCUCCCCUGCCAGCCUCAGCCCCUCUCCUGUCCUGGCACCAGCACCUUAGAAGUGGUGGGCAGAAGGCACUGGCACCGCAGGAGAAGCGUGCACACCUCUGAGCACCUCCCCCAGGGUCGCACCUCCUGCCAGUCUCCCAGAGAGGGCCCUGGAGUGGAGGAGGAGGAGGACCCGGAGGCGGCCCUUGCACAGGUGGCAAUAAGUGUUGCAGCUUGUGGUUGAAGAAGGAGCCAUGGUGUGCCCAGGAAGGUACACACGGAAAUCAAACACUCCCUGGGUCUCGGCUCAGGUUGGCCCUGGCCCUGGGAGGAGGCAAGCCCUUUCCUAUGCGGAUGAGCAAAAAUAUUACCCUGCUGUGCCCGGGGUGGCUUUCUCCAUCUGGGGCUUCAGAACUUGCUGCUUCGACAGCCUUUAUUAGCACCAAAGACUUCACGAGGGUCCCACCCGCAAACAGGCACCCGCUCCCAGCCUCCCGCCCACUGCCUGCAGUAGGAUCUGGCUCUGUGGCUGGAAGACCGACCCCUGCAGUGGGAAUGCACAGCUUUAACGUGUGUACUGUGUGUGUGUGUGCGUGCGUGUGUACAUAUGUACGUGUGAAUCCUGCCGCCCACCACUCCCCAACUGCUCUGGGUGUUUUUGUUUUUGUUUUUAUUAGUUUUAGGUUUACAACAGAGAGGAGUUAAUUUAUCGACAGCCUGAAACUGUUGCCAGUUUUUCUUAUAGGUUUAAAAAAAAAAAAAAAAGAUGCCAUCUCACUGAUAGCUCCUUUUCUCCUUUCCGUCUCCCAACCUGCCAAUCACUCUUUCAUGCCUGUGUAUCCAGGGUGCUCUGUUUGCCGCCGCCUCCAGGUGUGCGAGGCAGAGAGCCUGGACAGCUUUCUUCUCAGUUGUUGUCCACUUGAAAAUUCAAACAAGAAAACUUUGCUUAAAAGGUUUAUGUGUGGGAACCAUGAUUCCCGGUUGCCUUUCUCCUGUGUACGUGUAAAUUCCUUAAUAAACAUUGCAGGGAAGGA